CGCUCCUCUUCUCGCCAUCAUGGAGGGCGCUGCGGCCUCCGCCGAGGGCCUGCGCUACGCCGAGUACGCGCGGGCCCCUACGGGCGCCGGCAAGGGCCAAGCCGAGCUGGACCGGGGGCUGGCCAGGACUAUGAUAGCACUUGGGCUUGGUGUUGCGACUUUUGCAUUUGCAGGUCGUUAUGCUUUCCGUGUUUGGAAACCAUUGGAGCAGACAAUUACAGAAGCAGCAAAGAGGAUUUCAACUUCUAGUUUUUCGUCAUACUAUAAAGGAGGAUUUGAACAGAAAAUGAGUAGGCGAGAAGCAAGUCUUAUUUUAGGUGUAAGUCCAUCUGCUGGCAAGGACAAAAUCAGAACUGCGCAUAGGAAAAUCAUGAUUUUGAAUCAUCCUGAUAAAGGUGGAUCACCUUACUUAGCAACAAAAAUAAAUGAAGCAAAAGACUUGCUGGAAUCCAGUGCCAAAAACUGAAAUCCGAAGCCUUGGGUCACCGGAGAUUCAGCUGCUCCAUUGUGCAAUAACUCUCAUGUCUGCUUACUCUGCACAGUUUCUUAACAUUGAUCGUUCAUAUUUAUUGUAAUAAUUAAAAGUUACAAUUAUUGAAAAGCAAACUGAAAUCUUUUACAGCUGUGUAAAGUUAUGUACAGUUAUGUCCCUGCAAGGAGCAAGGAGUUGGAAUGAUGAUUCUUAUGGGUUCCUUCCAACUCAAGAUGUUCUGUGAUUCUGUCCCUAUUUUAGUGUAUUCUUACUGAAUUAUAAUCCCUUACAAGCUUUGAAAAAGUUCUUUUAACUGUGUUUUUCCCAAUAUUUUUUCUUUCGGUGAACUUAGGAUCGUUUAAAAUAAAAAUUUUUAAACAGUCUUUAAUAUAGGGUUGUUUCUUCAUUAGUAAAGAAAAAACCCUAUAUUUAGGGUCUCCAUAAAAUCUGUGACAGUGGAUUGAGUCACAGGAAAUAUGACCAACCUGUUUUGGCAAGUUUCAGCACCACCUUUCACUUGAAUCUGUUCAUUUGGGAAGUAGUAGGGUUUGUUGUGUGAGCUUAAGUUUGAGAGCUGCAGGACAAAAUGACUGAUAGGACUACAGAGUGCAGCUUCUACUAGGUAUGCUAAUGGGGCUCGGUGCUAUGAAGGAGGAUUCUUGGGUAUGGUUACUUCUUUUACAUAUUUAAGGAUCUCUGAAAUUGUCAAGUAAUUAAGACAUGCUUUUACAUCAAGUCAGAGAAUAUGUUCAAUCUCUAGCAGUUGGGGUAAACAUGGGGUUUUCUGCAAGGAUUUUCAUGGCAGUGGGAUUGAAGAAGGUAGGUCCAUGUGGCAUGAUUUAGAUGGAUUUUCCAGGCUGCAGCUUGCCUAGGUUAGCCCAGUUGUGUGAGCCUGCUGUAGGAGUGAUACAGCAGGGAACAAACAGGAGAGUACCUGCUUUGCACAUGGCUCCAGAAGCACUUCUUGGCUUAGUUCUCCAGUAAUGCCCACAUUACUGCAUUAUGGUUCAUAUCCCAGAGCAUACAUACCUCCCUCCUUCUAUAGCAUCCUAGCAAUCUCGUGCUGUCUUUGGGGAAUCCUGAAGUCAUGGAUCUCAGAGAGAACAAGUUGUAAUUGACAGCUCAGGGUAAGUGCUAUCUGGGACACUUGGCUGCUGCAGGUUACUACCAGUAAGUUGUCUGCAGCUGUAUUACAUCUUCUGAGCAUAGACAGUCUAGUGCAUUCAGUAUAAGACUGAAAAAAUUCUGGUGUCCAUUCAAACUCAAAUCAUUUGAGGUACAACAAACAGCUUACUGAUGUGAUACAAAUACAAAAUUUACAUAUUCCAUUUUCUAGGUUAUUUACCCAGAGGUAAGUGGCUAAGAGCAGUUAAUAUGAGGUUGGGUGCUUUAAUUAUUUAUUCACCACAACAUGCAUUUGUAGUUCAUCCAGCAGUGGAUGUUCAGAUUAUGUGGAUUUUUCCUUGAAAGGAAUCAAAAAGAGGCAUUAUUUUUUAUCAGGUUCCUCACACUUUGUCACAAUUCCCUUACUUUCAUUAAAGGGAGAUGAAAAAUUCCAAACUGACCUUAAAAGAAAAUACUAAUUCUAAGUACUUGAGAGACUUUGUUGCAAUUAGAGUGGCAAGACAUAUGGCACAAUUUUACUGGAUAAAGCAAAAAAGACUGCCAGGAGAAACCUGCCUAGGAAUAGCAUAUGCUGUACAGGUACUACAAUUGCAUCAUGGUGAUCUAACACAAGAAACUUGAAUGAAAAUGAUUGAUUCCUAUGCAGUAGCUUUAAUUGGAACUUGUUACAGGAGUAGCCAUCAGUUAGUGUACAUUUAGGGUUAAAUAAUUCUUUUCACUGAUAUAACAGUCCAUAUUGGCAAAAAAUAGAAAGAAUCAUGACAGUUUUAAUUUUGGGAGGAGACAAUUGAAAUGGUGGUGUUCCUAAUUUUCUCAAGUGGAGUCUGUGAUAUGAAUCAUUGUGAAAAAUCAAAAUUGAUGUGAAAUGGUAGGUGGUAAAAACAUUCUGCUUAAUGAUUUUGAGCUGACUAGCUGUUGUUUUCAUAUAGCCGCCUUAUUCUUCCUGAGUAAAAUGAGUUGCAGAGAGCUGUUCUAAAGUAUCAGUUAAAACAAAGGCAUUAAAGAUGGCUUCUUGCUCUGUUCUUAGAAAUGGACUUCCUAUGUCUUUGUAAGAAGUAGAGGGUUUGUUUUUUCUGUGAGAUCCUAUUGUCAGUCAUUUCCUUACUGAUACAAUUAUUCGUAUCUAAUUAUUUUGGAUGAAGCACUUAUUUCUGCCUUUCAGUUAUGAGAGAUUGUCCUUAACAAAAAUAAAUAAAACUGAGUUCUAGUUCUGCUUUCUCCAUUUUUUUUUCAGAGCAGGCUAUUGACUAGUUAACAAAUUUGAUAAAUUAACAAAAAAAAUCAGCAGUUUAACUGGCUCGUCCUAUCUCUGGAAAAUGCUGUAAAAUGUAUGAAGCUAAUAAAGAGCAGUUGUGAAAACAUCACAUAUACAAUAA